AUGUAUGUCAAUGGGGAGGACUCUGGGGGCUCCUUCGAGUUCCUCGGAACGGCGUGUAGCAUCCCAGAGGAGGGGGUUGAUAGGGAAGCUGAAGUGCCGAAGGUCGCUAUCGACGUAAGGGUUUCACAGACAAUUACACCAGUACGCUACCUGCCAUUUGUACAGAGCUGUGCCACCUCGAUGGAGGACAUUCCCGUGUUGGUGCCAGUACAUGAAGGUGAACAAUUUUUCGCUGUCUGCCCCCGCACGUGCUCUCUGAGCCCGGAUGGAUACGUUUACGGGACCGAUACCUACGCUCCGGAAUCCAGCAUAUGCAAAGCAGCGUUGCACUCGGGGGCAUGCGCCGCAUUACAGGCCUGUCGUGUGCUGGUAACGGUUGGCAGUGCCCGGAAGUCUUUUCAGGCGUCCUCGCAACAUGGAAUUCUAUCGUACGCCCACGGUCCCAGCGAGUCGUCACUUGGAUUCUCUAACAUGGCGUGCGCCGAGUCACUUCUUGCUCGUGCUCUAGUGAAAUACAAGGUCUCCUUUGGAACCGGCUCCUCUCCAUCGGUAAACAAUUUUUUUACGCAGACCGUGUGUGGGAGCUACCACACCAGUUGUCAGGGGUGGCUUUUGGAUGAAGGGAAAGUCAAGCACCGUCAAAACGGGGUGAUGUAUGGUAAGCAGUUGAUGCAUUCCAUUGUAAUAGACAGACGAUCAAGCCCUGUCCAGGUUGGCUGCGGCCUGCUGAACAAGCGGAAUGCCCUGGCGCCUUAUUUUCAAACCCCCUGA